AUGCAUCUAAACACUUCAAUUACAGAUGUCGAUUUUGGUGGAUUAAAUUUUAAGGAGUUCAUUUAUAUUCUUGAAGAUGUCACAAAGGGGAAGUGUCCUGAUGUCUACUACUGUCUUGCGCAUAAGUCAUUGGGUGAUGGGUUGAGACCACUGACAAAUGAUGAUGACUACACGAGUUUCUUGAUGCUGCAAAUGAGGAAGAAAAAGAAGAAGAAGGUGUUGACUGUUGAUAGUGAAAGCUCUGAUGAAGAUAAGGACUCGGUCAUGUCUGAUGCUAUAUCUUUUGAUCAUGAACCCGAUGAAGAGAUAAUGGAACCAAACAAGCCCCAGUUUAUCCUUUUCAUGACACAACUCAAAAAUGGGAUACAUUGCAACCCAUCCUUGGUAUGA